GUGACAAAUAAAAAUGAAAGUGCAGAUAUUCAGUCGAAAUUUUGGCAAGAAAGCCAAAGCUCAUUGAGCCAUGAACAUUCAGGGAGGAAGUACAGAGUACCACAGCCCUUGUAAGAACAAUAAGAUGAAGUUUUCCCCUCUGAAAUCUAUUAAGAGGAAACCCAAGAGGGAGUUGCAUCAAAGCCAUAAGAUUGAUCUUCUCAAAGAGAACAAAACUCUAGGAUCCCGUCACACCUCUCUUAAUAACUCAUCUGAUUUGAAAUAAUGCAUACAGGGAGAAGUCUGUAGAACUAAAAAGAGAUAGCGAAAAAUACUUGAUGUAUAAAUCAUCAUUUAUACCCUCUGUGUUUGUCAAGAAAUAUACGAGAUCUGGGCUAUUCCAGGCCAACAAGAUUUGAACAUACAAAGACAAGAUAUCAAAGACUUAUUUAAGGGAUAAGUCUUGUGGAGGCUUCUAUAAGAGCAGGCCUUGGCAGGCCUGUCUCUUAGAGAAGCUCUCUAGCAACUCUAAUCUUACUAAGCUUAAGAAUAUGAGAACUACCGAUGUGGAGCUCAGCCCAGUGAGGAACUUCAGCUUUGUGCAUAUCUCCAAUCCAGUGAAGGAAGGGUCUUCUGAGAUCAUGAAGUUCAUACAGAAAAGGGCUGAGCUUCAGAAUAAGCUCAAAGGCAGGAAUCAGAUCUUGAGUAACUCUUUAAAAGUACGGAAGAUCAACAAUAAGAAGAUUCAGUUCCAAAACGACAUUAUAAAGAAGAAGACUAGGACAAACAAUUUCUCCUCUCAAAAGCGAUUGAAAGAUGGAAUUUUCUCUCCACCUUUAAGAAGGAAGUACAAAUUUACUAGCUCCCAAAGGACUUUAAAGACCAAAACUAAGACCAAUUUUGGCCUCCAGAUGAAAGAUAUAGGACCGUCUGCAUGGGAAACCAGCAAUUGGGAUGACGAUGAGACUUUUUAUGACUACAAUGACCUGAAGAAGUAAGACAACC